GCCAUGUAUGUAAUACAUAAGAAAAGCAAUCUGCGGAUGAAUUAAGAACAAAAUGGGCCAUAUAGAUACUACGGUUCAGCAUUGUUACUUAUGGGUCCCUUGUCGUACUUUGCAUUCAAAGCUCAAACACCACUUGUUUUUGUUUUUGUUUAUACAGGGCAUGCAUACAUAGAAUCCUCCACCAGAAGGAGAUAACAGUCUCAAACAUUGAAUCCAGUUGACAUGGACAGAAAAAUAUGGUAUAGUCUCGUCAGAUUCUUCUAGCACUCAAAUAAUUGUGACAAGAAUUUUGUGUAGGACGACUUGAACAAAAGAAAAAAAUAAUAAAAUAAAAAAGGGAUUUCCCAAAAUACAACCCUCCGAAAUUCCCCCUCACAUUUCUGUGUUUUCGGUCUUUUUGACGAGAAAAUAUCUGAAGAGAAAUUAUCUAAAUGCAAACUAAUGAACCAUAAACAGUUUUGAAUAUGAACAGAAAUGACAAAUAUUUAAAAAGCUCGCAUUGUCAGGUUUCAACUGCAAAGCAAAUUAUGUGUUCUGGAGAUUUAAAAGUGCUUUUAUUUUUCAUUGCAGUUACCUGUUUUAAUACAUACUAUGGACAGGACGUGAGACUUGUGGGGGAUGGAUCCUUCACUAAUAUGGGGAGGCUGGAGGUUUCCGUCAAUAACACGUGGUAUGCGGUGUGUUCAUUUAAACGCUAUUACGGAGAUGAUACGACAGCAGCAUUACGUUCGAAUCUUGGAUGUAAAAAACUACGAAGAAUUUACUACUCCUGGUUCGGCGUUGGAAAUGAAACCAAAUGUUUGAACAACUUUUAUUGUUCUUCCCGAUCAGCCAUUUCUUCGUGUACCUUCAGCCUGAUAGAAUGCUGUUCUUCAAGUGUAAGGGCCUACUUCUGUGAUCAAGGAUUAGAGAUUGCUAAUUCCAGUAUAAGGUUGGUUGGAGGCUCCAAUAUAUCUGGUCGAGUGGAGGUUCAGAUUCAAGAUGUCUGGGGGUCAGUGGAAACGGACGGAUGGAAUUAUCAUGCGGCCAGACUUGUCUGUCGAUCUCAGGACUUACCUUGGAGAGCAGCCAUGAUCGUGAAAAAUGGACUUUACGGACGAACUUUGGGGAAGUCUUGGAUGACCGACACGGAGUGUACUGGUUCUGAAAAUAAUCUUUUUCAAUGUUGGUUCAAUCUGCAAGGAGAAAAACAAACUUUCUCAAACAAUGCUGGAGUUAUUUGUGCAGACUCGAUUCCGGUCAGACUCGUUGAUGGCGAUACGCCAACUUCCGGAAGAGUGGAGGUAUACAUUGAUGGGAAGUGGGGAUCUGUACUUUCGUACAUUAUCGAAAAAGACAUGACAGCUAAGGCCAUUUGUAAUAUUCUGGGAACUCCGAGUUCAUCUACCAAGGCUUUUUACGUGGAAUCGGGAUUUUAUCGAAAAUCAUCAAGCAUAACCUGGCUAGUGAAGCUGUACUGCUCUAGUGAUGCUUCCAGUUUAUAUCAGUGUUCCUGGGCAAUAAGUGGCUAUUUCUCAAAGUCAAAUAACUUUGGGGUCGUUUGUCAAGAUAUUAACGAGUUUUCGAUAAGAUUGGUGAAUAAUCAGACAGCCAACAGGGGCUAUGUUGAAGUGUUCCUUGGUGGAUUGUGGGGCACUAUCACACACACUCGGCCCUACAGACACUACACCUGGGGUAAAGGAGCUGCGACCGUGGCCUGUAGGCAACUUGGUCUUCCACAGUAA